AUGGCAAAACGCACCAAGAAAGUGGGUAUCGUCGGGAAGUACGGAACCCGAUAUGGAGCUUCGUUGCGUAAGAUGGUGAAGAAAAUGGAGGUGACGCAGCAUUCGCGCUAUACUUGUGUGUUCUGCGGAAAGGAAGCCAUGAAACGGAAGGCGGUGGGCAUCUGGAGUUGCUCGAAGUGUCACAAAACCGUUGCUGGCGGAGCUUACGUAUAUGGAACUGUCACUGCCGCUACUGUGCGAUCGACCAUCCGUCGUCUUCGCGACAUGAAAGAGUAG